AUGUUUGAGCAAAGUGCCCAGUCAGGUGGCAGACGUACUUAUUAUGUUCAUUCUGUGGAUGUACACACCGUAUUACGGACAUUGGAAUUGAUCUAUCUCGGUGCAUACUCUUACCACCUGGAGAAGACAGAAAUUCCAGACUCGGAGAGACUGCUUAUCGAUGUUUCUGUAUAUCAUUUAUGCAAGGCUUGGCAGCUCCCAGUGGACUUCCAAAGCAUUGCUUUCUCGCGGUACAAAGAGGCGGUGUUUUCGCAAGGAUAUGAUCCCGGCCAGCUCCUGGACUCUUUGCAGCCCAUGCGGACGCCGCUUGUAGAUGGAAUAAGCCGAGAGGAUAUCUUUCCUGGAAAGUUGUUGAACGCAUUAUUAUCAAAGGGGGAGUUAGAGGAGGAUAGACUAGUUACAUUUGCUGUUUAUGAGGCUCGCCGAGCUAUUUGA